ACGUAAUGUAGUUUUUACGGGUGCGUACAGAAGUAAAUGUUACUGUAAAAUCGGAGAGUGUUGCUUAACCAGUUCCAGUCUGCGAGAGAAGUCUUCAGUGCUGGCCAUCAUCAUGACCUCCUGACAUCAGAUCUGAUCACUUCUCGCCAUGAGUGCUGCUGCGUUGUCUGUAGUGGUGGUGGUUGUUUUCUUCCUGGCCCUGUACCUCCUCCACCGCUAUGGGGAUUUGUGGAAGCAGCAGCGGAUGGUCUUGUUGGGGACACUUCUGUCCUGGUACCUCUGCUUCCUCAUCGUGUUCAUCUUGCCACUUGACGUCAGCACGACUGUUUACAAUCAGUGCAUUCAUGAUACUUCAAACCAGACUGCUUUUUCUGAAGAUGGACAAACUGAUCAGGCUAAUUCCUCACCACUAAGCGUAACAAAGGCGUGCGAAAAACCCUGGAGUUAUAUUCCAGACGGUGUCCUGCCCGUGUUUUGGAGAGUGGUUUAUUGGACUUCCCAGUUUCUCACAUGGCUGCUGUUACCAUUCAUGCAGUCUUACGCACAGUCAGGAGCUUUUUCCAGGGUUGGAAAGAUCAAAACAGCUGUCAUAGAAAAUGCUAUUUAUUAUGGCACCUACCUCCUCAUCUUCAUCUUCCUGCUGAUCUAUGUGGCUGCUCACCCAAAAUGGAAACUCAGAUGGACAGAGAUCCAGACCAUCUGUAUCACAGCUGCCAACACCUGGGGACUCUUCCUUUUGGUGCUGUUGUUAGGAUAUGGCCUGGUGGAGAUCCCGCGUUCCUAUUGGCUCUCAUCUUCACAUCAUUUCUUGCUGGCCAGAACUUACUUUAAAGUAGCGAAAGUGGCUACUGAGAAGGCAGCGGCGGAGGAGAACCUUGCAGAUGUCAUGGAGGAAGUUGCAGAUGUCCAUGAGUCGGUCAGGUUCAACCAUAUUUUCAGGAAACACGUGGACACCAUUUUGACCAAGUGUCCUAUCAAAUAUCAGGAGGAGAUGGGGAGAAACGUGGAAAGCUCUCAUCGUGAAAACCUUUUACUUCCUACUAAAAGUGGCUUAAUUAAGCUUCAUAAAAAGGUCAUCUCUGCAGUGCAGAGACACGGUCAGACUCAGGUGCAGUGGUCCAUCCUGUUAGAUCAGGCCUUCCAUUUAGAAGAUGUAGCAAAAAGCCAGAGCAGCCCACUCCGAAUCUUCACCCAAAGCUUCUCUAUAGCCCCCCGCGGCUGGAUCAGGAGGUUCAUCUACACUCCAACUGUUGAGUGGUACUGGGAGUGUUUGUUCAGACAGGGGUUCUAUAGGCUGCUGUCGGUGCUUCUGGCUCUCCUCUCUGCAGCAGUCGUCUGGUCUGAAUGCACCUUCUUCAGCACGCACCCCGUCCUCUCUCUGUUUGCUGUCUUUGUUCAGAAUGCGCAACAGCAUCACAAUUACAUUGUUAUUGAGAUGGUGUGCUUUGUUAGCAUCCUCUUCAUGUGUGUGUGCGUGUACUCCACAGUGUUCAGGAUAAGGUUUUUUAACUACUAUCACCUGGUGCCACAUCACCAGACUGAUGCUUACAGCCUGCAGUUCAGUGGCAUGCUGUUUUGUCGUCUGACUCCUCCUUUGUGUCUCAACUUCCUUGGCCUGAUUCAUAUGGACUCUGCCAUCUCACACCAAGACAGGAUCCAGACAUCAUACACCUCUAUUAUGGGCUCCAUGCGGCUGCUGCCGGUCAUAUCUGAUGGGUUCUAUAUCUACUACCCYAUGCUGGUGCUGCUGCUCUGCAUUGCCACGUUCUAUAAUCUGGGCUCCCGCUGUUUGAACCUCCUGGGCUUCCAUCAGUACAUUACCGACGAUGACUUGACCUCUGACUUGGUGAAUGAAGGCAAAGAACUCAUCAGAAGAGAAAGAAGGAAAAAACAGAGAGCAGAGGACGGAGAAAAUCGAAGAUUGGCCUGGAGGGAUCGGUUGUCGAACCAGACAGCCUCAGGACGGACCACAGCUGGUUACACCAAGCUAAAGGAUGAUCAGAACAACUCCAUACCCGAGAGCAACAAAAAUGAGACCAGAAGUGAUGAAUACACAGAAGAACAGCACACGAGUUUACUGCAGGACAACUUCAGUGAUGAAGGUUUAUCAAACACAAGAUCCACUGGUGGCCGUUACCUUUCUCUGUCCCCCUCCAUGACGGGCAUCUUUGAUGAUGUUUGAUAGACUGAGGAUGUGAAGAAAAAGCUAAUAAAUAAACAAAAUAUGAUGUAUCAUUAA